AAAACGCUCUACGGAUACUUGAGAAUCUUGCGUUUCAGUGAAACAAACCCUCUUCAAGCAACAAAGCAUCAUCAACAAGACUGAGUAUAUAUAUAGUGAAGGACUUGAUUAAGUUGGGCAGUGGGCGCAAGCAUACUUAUUGACCCAACUCUUUAUCCCUCAGAAUCUCCGGCCUAACCAAGCUCUGAUAUGAGGAGACUAUUGCUUGUGUGCCUCUUCUUCGUCAUCUGCAGCAAGGUUCUCUCUUCCGAAUCUGAAAGCAUUCUCAGACCAGCCCAUAGUCAAUACAAGCUGAGAGAGGAGGAAAGUCCAGCUGCCCUUGACUUGAUCAGUAAAACAGAAGAGAAAUACCAUCAAGGGAAAACCGAAGAGAGAGACUGCCAAAACAAUCAGGGGGAAGUUCAGAAAGUUCAUCAUCUGAACAGUGCCAACAGAGGAAAGGCCGUUUAUGGAGGCGGGAAUCUCAACAAGCCACGUAAAAAGACUCACAGUGGUGCGCCCUCCAACGUGCUUCAUGCUUCUUUCCUGCCUGCAGCAGUAGGACCAGUAGUAAUUGGACUUUUCAAUGUCAUUCUGUUCUUCUAAGAGUGUGCGGUUCUACUUAGGAUGGAGACGCUGGCAAGAAGCACUACCACUCUCAUAAAAGCGGGUUAAAAUUUGGGUCUCUUCUCUUGUACAAAGCUUUCUUUUAAAUUGAAGUUCGAAUACAACUGCUUUUUCCUGCUCA